CUAGAUAUAAACAGUAAAGGUUGAUAAUAAUGUCUCUUUCAAUGCCAAUAGUGUUAGGACUACAUAUUUAUACCCUCACCAUAAUGUGUUACCCUGGAUACAUUGAUACUCUGAUACAUGUAUGAAAUGUCUGCUUUCCUAGAUGAUCUUUAUCAUGAAGUGGGAGGUGAGCUCGUGUUGACGCCAGACAAGUCCACAGUGCCUGACCCCAUCACAAGCGUCCUAUGGAAGCAUGGGAAGAACAAGGUGGCAGAGUGGGACAAGGAUUUUGGUGGUCUGGACAUAACCCUGGACCAGACUACUGGAGAGCUGAGAAUCAGUGGAUUGAAGAAAACAGACAGUGGAGUUUAUUCUGUGGAGUUCAACAGCAAACUGCUUAAGACAUAUACAUUAUCUGUUUUCAAGGCAGUCCCCAAACCCACAAUCACUUCUUCCUGUAACCCAGACAAAACCUCCUGCACUCUGACCUGUGAGGGCAACACCACUGAUGCUGAACCAGUCACCUACAGCUGGAAAGUGGGAGAGGGGGCGUGGCAGGUCAUAGGAAAACAGCUGAUUGUCUCUAAGAACUACACUGGCAAAUCAACCAACAGUUACAAGUACUUCUGCAAGAUGAAGAACUCCGUUAGUGGGGAAGUCAGUGAGGUGUUUGGUCCAGAGGCAGUUCCCAAACCCACAAUCACUUAUACCUGCAACUCCAACAAAACCUCCUGCAUUCUAACCUCUGAAGGCAACGCCACUGGUGCUGAACGCGUCACCUACAGCUGGAAAGUGGGAGAGGGGGCGUGGGAGGUCAUAGGAAAACAGCUGAUUGUCUCUAAGAGCGACACUGGCAAAUCAACCAACAGUUACAAGUAUAUCUGCAAGCUGAAGAACUCUGUUAGUGGGGAAGUCAGUGAGCCAGUUGGAGAGGUGUUUGGUCCAGAGCCUUCUGAAAUUGGUGGUGGGGUUGUUGUUGGUGUUGUCUUUACCAUUGUAGCGCUUGUUGCCGUCAUAACAGUUUGGUUGGUGUGGAAGAAAAUUAAAGCAGCUGAAGCCAGCAGAUCCAACCGUCCUAAAUAUGAGUCAAAGUCUGAGGCUAAAGGCAGUGAAGGAGUCCAGACAGAACGAGAGAUUAUGGUUCCGCUGACGGUCAACCACAAAGCAGGGGAAGAGGAUGCAGACAAGCCUGGAAAGGGGCAGGAGAAUGGAGGCGUGUAUGAAACUUAAGCGGAUAGUUUACCCGGCAGUUACAGUGAACUCCAACCAUAUUUGUCUUGAUGAUUUGAUUCUUGUAACUGACUGAUUCUUAAAUGCUAAACGUCAAUGGUCACAGACCACAAAGCUUAUCACUUAUCACAAGUUAAGGACGCUGGGACUAAACACCUCCCUCUGCAACUGGACUUCCUGACGGGUUGCAUCACUGCCUGGUAUGGUAACUGCUUGGCAUCCGAUCGUAAGGCGCUACAGAG